CAUCAGGUCGGUUUGCUUUUGGAAAGGAUCAGAUAGUUGAAGGAGUUUUGUUGACAACGCCAGAAGUUUUGUUUCAAGAACAAACACUCGGAAAGGAAGAAACAACUAAAGCAAUUCAAGAUGCACCAAAAGAUUUGAAAUAUAGAGAGGUGAAUACUUUAAACCCGACUCUCCAGGACGACGUCAGAAAUUUACCACCAGGUGACGCUGUGAAAAGCAACAGGAAAUCUCACUUAACGACAAAAAUGGAAGUCCUGGAGUCAGGUAACUCAAAAGAUGGCGUUCCUAAUAAUACAGUAUUGGACACACACACACCACAAAAUAUUUCUCGCUCUCGAGCACCAGAAGCAACUUCUGGGUCAUCUAGUGUCAACACAACCAAACCACCAAUAACGCCUAAAGAUAAAAGAAAAAGCAUCAAAUCCAAAGGACUUAUAGAUAAUGAUGAUGAUGAAGAAGAACCAAGCGCAACUUCUCCUAAGUCGAGCGAUUUCCAGGGGUUGCAGGCAUUUCAAGAAACGCUACAAAAAUUAAGGAAGAUGGGCCGAGAAUUUGUUACCCAAGCAUUAAAACGAACAUUACCAACAAUGGUCCGAUUAAACUCAGAAAUGAGACUUUCUACUAGUUGUUCUGGAAGCUUAUUUAAACUAGCCGUGGGUAUCCGGAAGCUCCAGGAAUGGGCCAUAAAAAUGCUCGACUCAACAGGGAAGAUCCCAAGUGGAAUACUUCACGGGUCCUUAGCAGAACUGGGAGAUUACGAGCAGUGUCAGAACAUCGUUGUUUACAACCGGAGAGACGACAAUAAGGAACGAUUUCGUGGUCGGUAUUGUUCAGUUCACGUGCAGCCUUACCUACCGCCUGGGGUUAAGUAUCAUGUGUACAGCACCAACAAAACGAUUCAUGACUUGGAAGAAAUGUAUUCUUACUUGUCCAGAGGAAGUUUUCGUUUAGGACUGUGUCUUCCAUCUUCCUGCUCUUUGAAAGACGUCCAGCAGAUGGCCAGCCAAGUGAGAAAAAGAAUUGAAUUAAACGUGACUGUGAACUGGUGUCAAGUAAAGGAUUCUACUUGGAGUUUAGAUAACAGUCAGCUUGCUGUCUGUCUGUUCAACGGUUUGAUGCUGGGUAUUGUACUACUGGCAACGAGUAUUGAGCUAAUUCGUCGAUACUUCCAAAAACGAAGACAUCUUAGGGUUAAGGACCGAGCAGAGACAGGUUUUGCCGUACAAGCAAUAGAAUGUUUUUCUGCGUAUGGAAACACGAAGUUACAACUUAACUCCAGAACAGAGACGUAUCACCUACGUGUGGUGGAUGGAAUCAGAGUCUUCACUAUCACCUGGAUUAUAUUAGGAGAAACAUUUAAGUCAAUGAGUUCGGAGAAGACAAAUGCUUUAAGGAAGAUUUUUGAUCUUCGUGAAGAUUUUGUCUUCCAAAUGGUCAUUCAGUUCCCUUUUGCUCUAGAUUCUUUGUUUUUCACUAGCGGAAUGCUGAUUACGUACCUUGCUUUAAGAAGAUUAAAAGACAAUAAUGGAGAAUUUAGCCUACUUCGUUACUAUGUUCAUCGGUACUGGAAGAUGACCCCUACUUUCCUCAUUAUUUCAGGAGGAAUCUGGUUAUUGGAGGAUCUUGGUAGUGGUCCGGUUUGGAAGGAAAGCCUUGAUCCUUUAAUCAAAAGCUGCAAAAAAAACUGGUGGACAAACGUUCUGUACAUCGGAAACUUUUACAAAGUUGAAGAUCGAUGCCUUCCACAUUGUGGUUUAAUAUCCUGUUUGAUGCAGUUUUUCCUCGUUUCCCCUGUGGUAUUCUGGUCUCUAUAUAGAAAACCAGUAAUCGGGAAAAUAUUGAUCGCCACAGGGAUACUUAUUUCUGUUGUCACUCUCGCCGUCAUAACACCAUUAUUCAACCAAAUGCCCGUUUUAUUGGCCUCUGUAACAGAUCACAGUGUUCAAAUGGAACAUUUGCGUCUAAUCAUCACAAUGCCUUACACCCACCUGGGAACGUACUGUGUUGGCAUGGCAACGGGCUACUUCAUUUAUGUUUAUAGGGAAAAGAAACUUCGCAUGCACCCGAUCGUGGCAUUGUGUGGAUGGAGCGCUGCCGUAGCAUGCAACUUGGUCAUCGUUUUUGGUCUACAUCAAUGGAACAGCGGCAGUAGUUUCCCGACAAAGACAACCGCUACAGUUUACGCUGCUCUGUGUCGCUUAGGAUGGUCUCUGGGUUUGGCCUGGCUGACAAUAGCUUGUGUGUAUGGAUAUGGAGGAAUCAUCAACAGCUUCCUCAGUUGGAAAGGCUUCACUCCCCUUAGUCGAUUGACGUACAUUGUAUACAUAAUUCAACCAGCGUGGAUUGGCAUCUUUCAGAGUCAUCUAAGAAGCCCCAUCUAUUACAGCAAUAUAUUUAUCACGUACAUUUUCAUCGCUUACAUCACAAUUUCGUACACCUUGGGUUUUCUGACGGCGCUUAUCUACCAGACGCCAUUUCUGAACCUGGAGCAACUGGUACUUAAAACAGUCAGCAACAAGAAAAAAAUCACUGUGGAUGAAGACGAAAUGGAAAACGAUAUUCACGCCUUCGAUACCAGACACAAAACAGCAAACCUGGACUCGAAUAACAAAAGUGAGACUAUGAAGGAAAGAUUUUCAGUAAAACUCUGAGAGGAACGAACAAUAGGUUUAAGGGUGAACUAUGUGAUUUUUGAAAAUAUUAUUUCUAAUAUCUCCAACUAACACGACUAAAAAAAAAAAAGGUUUACACAGGAGGUUUAUUGAAAAUAACACCAUGCGGGUAUAUACGUAAUUUCAGAAAACGUGUUAACACGUAAUUUUUAUUCUUUUCCCUAAGAAGACCGUGUUCCUAUUCCUUAAAGCAUUCCAUUUAUCCUGAACAUUUGAAAAUCUUUUACAGAGUUUUUAAGAUGUUUCUGAUCUAAUGGUAUCUCUGAAAAUAGAUUUAACCCAAAUUAUCGGAAGAAAAAGUUACAAAGUUUUCUUAAAUCAACUGUCGAGUUUGCGUGUUAAUCCCGUCAUCGGAAGUACUGAAAUACAACGAGAUUAGUAACUUAUUACUGCGCGUGCUCAGAAUACGGUCAUCAUUUUUGCUACAGCCAGUAAUUCGUCAAUACUUUUAACCCUCAAAUUACUGAAUUAUUUAUUUAUAUCGUUUGCUACCGAUAUUACAUCGUAUCGAGUAAUUUUGUUUAUCUUCUCGUUACAACACUCGGUGUAAAGAACUUGUAACAAUACCUAGAGGGCCCCAGCAGUAAUUAGUAUGAUUAGUUACACUCUUGAUAGAAUUUUUUGUAUAAAUGUUUUGUUUGUUUUUCUGACACGCCUGUUAUUAGGGACUUUCAAGCAAGUUGAACGUAAAUAUUUUAGGAAAAGAUCUUAAAAAACACCUUCAUAGGUAAUUCUAAUGAUGGCAGAAAACUUCUAUUAUUUCCGGGUGAUUUUUUAUGAACAUUUUGGUAUAAAAUCAAACGAGGUUCAUGUGUGGUCAGCGCUUUGUAUAACCUUUAACCCUUUCUAAUAGUGCAGUGAAAACAUUGGUCUUUAAUCAAGCAUGACAGAAAAAAUAAAAUUUCUAACGCUUUUCUCAAAAGUAUUCGACAUUUACCGAACAGUUUCUGUAGUUAAUUGUUGUUCAUAAAACGUUGAAUGUAAAGUUUCAUAUAUUUUGUGUACGUGUAUAUCCAGUCUAAAACGUUAAUAUGUUUUUAAUAAGAUGUGCUUUUUUAAUAGUAAGUUUUACAGAAUUGCGCAUAUAAUUUCAUUGUCAAAAACAACAACAAUGUAAAUAUGUUUUUUACCACAGAAGAUCUAAUUAUUGAUAUUAGUACAGAUAGAUUCGACAUUCUGACGCUGUGUAUGUUAUUGUUUUAAAUAGUUCCCGUCUGUGCCACUGGGGGCGUAAUGUGCUUGAAGAAUUAAAAUAUGAGUUGUGAACAAAUUGUUGCUUUUGUAGAUUUAAGAAAUAUACUUCAUGAAAAAUAAUCGUGCUCUUCGUCUGGCUCUCCCUACUUUGUGUUUUUUUGUGAUCGAACAUAAUUUGGAGAAGUAACCUAACUAACGUUUUUAACGUUCAUUAUUGGAUUACAAAAAAUAAUCACCGUCAGAGUGGCUCACGAAAGUCGUUUAAGUAAGAUAAAACUAUUGAAGAAGGUUUAUGGGUAUGAAAAUCGAGAUUCUUCGUAGUACUGCGUCCCUAUUGGCUGUCUACUGCUACUUUAGUGCCCUCUGCUGGAAAAAACCUUAGUAGGAUAACUUUGUCGCUGAACCCGUGUCACAGUUAACACUUUUUUUAUUCAUUUCAAGACAAAUCGUAGAAGAUCGCUUUUGUGUGUUACAUGAUUAUGGUUAUGGCGACAGCUUUUGAUUUUAAUCUUUUAAAAAAAAAGGUGAAAACAGUGUACCCAUGAUUUGGUUUGAUUAAUGCACUGUAGUCAUAUUUAGUACUGUAUAUACGUAUUUUAUUAUGUUAAUGUUCUUUUGGAUUUUAAAGAUCGUACAGCAUCCUGUAUAGUAGUUAGACCUAUUCUGAAGAAGUGAAAAUUGGGACGGCAGGACUCAAACCUGUGACUCUCUUUACCCGCCUAAGUAGUCGUCUCGAAUGUAGCACUCAUUUUCUCGACAAUAACUUUAUAAAACAGUUAAAUACAGCACACACAAACAAAUAUUGAGCUUUACAGACUGUCACUACUUAGUAGUCCUACCAAAUACUGCCACUAAUUACCAAUAAAAUAAUGAACAAUAAUGGAACAACAGACAAAUAUAUUGCGAACCUAAGAACGGUAUUAAAUGUAUAGCUGCGUGAUGGUUAAUAAAUAUAGGAAACUGUCCACAAGGUUUUACGUGAUUGACAGAAGGGUUAAUAAAUAUAGGAAACUGUCCACGAGGUUUUACGUGAUUGACAGAAUGGUUAAUAAAUAUAGGAAACUGUCCACGAGGUUUUACGUGAUUGACAGAAUGGUUAAUAAAUAUAGGAAACUGUCCACGAGGGUUACGUGAUUGACAGAAGGUUGAUAAAUAUAGGAAACUGUCCACGAGGUUUUACGUGAUUGAUAGAAGGGUUAAUAAAUAAAGGAAGUUGGCCACGAGGUUUUACGUGAUUGACAGAAUGGUUAAUAAAUAAAGGAAAUUAUCCACGAGGUUUUACGUGAUUGAUAGAAGGGUUGAUAAAUAAAGAAAAUUGUCCACGAUGUUUUACGUGAUUGAUAGAAGGGUUGAUAAAUAAAGGAAAUUGUCCACGA